AUGAGCGCGCCGCCUCCACCUCCGCCGCAUGGCGAGGGCCCCAAGUCGUCGGGUUUACCGCCCGGCAACUACGACAUAUUCGUGAUUCCCCAGCACUCGUCCGGCUCAGGCUUUCUCUAUCUGCCAUCGCUGCAGCCAAACGCCAAUAGUUUCGUGGCCGGCUUCGCCUCAGCGUUGAUAUGUGUCGCCUUGUUCCAGUCCGUGGGACCAGCCAUUAGGAUGUGGCUCAAUGGCGGGGGCCUGGGCAGUACGGGUAUGACGACCCUUCUGCUGGGAGUAGGCAUAGGUGCUUGGGCUCUGGGACGGAUGCAAAGCGGUGGACCGGUGCCCGUGGCAAGUUCGGACGGCAAUAGAAACGGAUCUGGCCCGGGAGGCUUUGGCAGUGGACAUGGGCCUCACGGCGCAAACGGCGGACACGGUGGUUUUGGGGGGCCCAACACGGGAGGGCGCCCCGACGCCAACGGGGCUCCUCCUCCGCCGCCGCCGCCUCCUCACGGUCAUUCCACAAACGGCGCGCCUCCUCCGCCACGGCACGAUAGGUCUCAGGGUUCCUGGAAAAACGCGGAUGCUCACCAUGCUCACCAUGCUCACCAUGCUCACGCCGAAGAGCCACCACGACCACCGAAUCAUGAAACUGAGCCAGCUUCGUCUCCGUCCCAACGCUCGUCAUAUCAAAAGGACGCGCCGCCUCCGACCCCCAAGUCGCCUGGGGACGCAGACAAGCAACGUCCACGCCAGCCUCCGCCACCAGAGGAAAAGCCUGUCCCUGAGCCAGAGAAACCAAAGAAGAAGAAGAAGAAGGUGCCGCCACCAGAGGAGACGGCACCGGCUCCAGAGCCAGAGAAGUCUCCUUUGAAAGCUGAGCAGAGGCGGUUUGGAUUUGAGAAGAUGACGCCAGUGCUCGAGAAGAACCCUUCAGAGCUUGACAAGAAACGGCCAUCUUCCCCGGAAAAGAGACACCCUGCUCCAGUGGAAACAAAGAUCCCUCUCUCCCAUGAACGAAAGAAGAGUGUGCCUGAGAUGGGAAAGAUGGCGGACCCUGAAAGGAGAUCUUCUUUGAGUCCGGAGAAGACAGCAUCACCCAAGCCAGCAUCCAAGUUACCUCGUAUGCCAGACCUGGCACCAAUCCCUCCCUUUCGACCAGACCCUCGUCCAGAGCCCCGUCUGGAGAAGCAAACACCUCCCAAGCCAGAUCCUCCAGCACCUGCCGAAAGCAAUCAUCAACCGCCGCCACCACCGCCACCCGAACCCGAAUCCGAAAAGAACUUGUCCCCUCCGCCAGAGAUGAAGAAAUCCGACACGCCAAAGGGAACGUGGGAGAAGGCGCGCGAAGAGAUGCGGAAGAAGGAAGAGGAGAGGAGACUGAAGGAGGCAGAGCAGAAGCGCCGCGAAACGGCUGCCAAGAAGCUCCUUGAACUGCGAGCCAAGGAAGCAAAGGAGCGACAGGAACGCGAGAAGGAGAAGCAGCAAAGAGAGGCGGAGCAGAAAGCCAGAGAAGAGACAGAGAGGGCUGAAGCAGAAAGGAGGCGCCAACAGGAAGAGCUGGAAUUGGCCAGGCAGCGGGAGAGGGAGGCUAAAGAAAGAGAGGCAUUGGAGAGGGAAGCCAAGCUGAGGGAGGCGAGAGAACGGGAGGCGAGGGAAAGGGAAAGGCGAGAACGUGAAGCGAGGGAAAGGGAAGAAAAGCGAAGGAAAGAGGCUGAAGCCAAAGCAGCGGCCGAAGCCAGAGCUGCAGCUGAAGCCAAAGCGGCUGCAGAAGCCAAGGCCGCGAUGGAGGCCAAGGUUAUUGCGGAUGCCAGAGCCGCCGUCCAAGCUAGAGCCGAGGCCGAGGCAAAGGCUGCCGCAGAAGCCAAGGCGGCUGCCGAGGCCAAGGCGGCCGACUUUCGAUCCAGUCGAGUCGGCAGCACAUAUGCGUACUCCAGCGUGGGCGAAAAGAUCAGCAUGUGGCCAAACGGCCGGCCUCCUGCUCCCCCGUCUCCGCCGGCAUCCUCCCCUUCCGUGGUCUCGUCGGCAGCUUCCAAAGUGUCUGAACGAAGUGACCGAACCGAACGAACAGAGAGAUCGGAGAGGCACGAUCGGUUCGACAGAGGAGAGAGCCCUACCAAGCGAGCACCCCCGCCCGCCGCUCCGUCCGAGGCCCCGUCGUCUGCCUCUAGAAGAUCAGACCCCUCGGCCAGACGAUCAGCUCCUCCUCCUCCUCCAAAGUCGUUUGUUAGUAGCAACAGCAGCUACGUAGAGUCGGACACGUACUCGUACAGGCCCUACGAUCAACCGAGCAAACCACAGCACCACCACCAGCCGCCACCACCGCCGCCACCAUACGACCAGCCGCCGCCAAACAAGCCAAGACAUAGGAAGUCGGCGUCUUCUCUCACGGGCUCCGACGCAUCGUGGGCAGCCUCGCAGACAACAGCACGAACCACGCCGCCGCCCUCGAUACGGUCACACUACACGACUGAUGAUCCCGACAAGAUUGUGAUUCAGUCUGUCUACCUCUUCAUGAACCAGUACACCAAGACGCCGGCCAGCCAGCUCAUAUCAGGAGUUGGCACGGUGACGGAUGGACUGAUUCUUCGAAUCACCACGGAGGGACUCUUCAUCGAUGACGAUGUCCGCGGAGUGCCCCAGCGCGAGUGGGACGUCAAGGCCUGGACGCUCAAGCUUGUCGAGGUGUGGUGUCUGCCACAUUGCCUGACGGCUCCCCCACCGCCAGCGGGAUCUGCAACCGGCAAAAGCUCCGGCUUCCUUCACAAAAUGGCGGGCAGAGGUCGCCAGUCGGACCGGGACGGGCCCAACGCCUUUACGGGCGACGAGGCCGACCUGUACCUGGCGGAGAUGCUCCAUGCGUGCAGGGAGUGCUGCCGGCACGGCAUGUGUGAUCGCACGUUCAAGAACCUCAACAUCCCGUCAACAGCGGGGCAGACUGGUGAAUGGAAAUCCAAGGGCCUGCAUGUGCUCCGGGCCACGGUCCGCGACCAAGAAGGCAAGCGGUAUCUCUUUAUCGUGGAGGAGACGGAGGGCUGGAAGCUGGCGGUCGGUCUGCAGCGGCUGAGGCGCGGGACCCAAGUGCGACAGCUGGGCGUGGCUAGUCUGCCGCCUUCUGAAGCUCGCGGCACGUUGGAGAUGUUGGGAUGGGUCGCUUGAUCACUUUGUCAAAUGGCUGGAGCGGCCCAUGGGUCGGACAGCUCAUCAUCCUAAGGAGAAGAGAAAAGGAGGAGAGGUCGGGAAAUGAAUCUAUUUUCCCCAUGUCCGUGUUAUGUAAUGGCUGGCUGGAAUGCAGAGGGCAUUGUUUCGAGGUUUUUUUCUUAUUUUGGGCAAAGGGGGGGGGGAAAGGCGGGACGCAGAGCAGCAUUCCAUGAGACAUGAACCUGCGUGUGAACUCUCACGGACAGUUUGGAUGCUGGCGGUGUUCAGGCGACGACGGACAUGGAGAAAUACCCCCAAAUGCAUAUUGCUAGCACAUAUG